AUGUUUCGCUUUCACUUUCGUUUACGUUCUCCAUUAUUAGCUUUGGCAUCUUCAGCUCUCUUCGGUCAUUCAUCAUCGAAAGAAUCUAAAGCUAUUCCUGUUCAAAAUUCAUCUGAACUACCGCGAACGCCCUAUCAACAUGUCAAUUGUACUGGUUUUGAAUGUGUUCGUGAAUCAUCAAUGAUUAAUCUAUCAGCUUCAUCGUCGUUUCUUAAACAUACGUUAUAUUAUUAUUCUGAGUUAACUCAACAUUAUUGUGUUCAUAUAUCGACAAUGAUUGGACUUCUGGAGGAAUAUAAACGACGCGAAGGUGCAGGAAGUUUUCAACAAGAAAUUUGGGAUAUUUAUGUACAACAUCGUGUUUCAUUAGGCGAAAUGAAAACCGAAUUAUUACGUUUACGUUUACUUUUAUCGACCAUUGAUCGUCUUGUUACAGAAUCUAUUGAUGCUUCUUACCAAACACAAGAUGAAACAGUAACACAACUUGUAUCGAAUGAAUUAAUUCAGACUAAACGUAUUAUAGAACAAAAUGAACAACUAAUAAGUAGGACUGAAAUGAGUUUAACUACUGAACAAGUAAAAAUAAUCGAGAAAAAUAAAGAUACGAGUGAUGCGAAAGUUUCUGAUGAAUAA